AGGGAACCAGCGGGGCGCGUGCAGUGCACGCACUUGGCCAGUCGAGAUUUAAACUACCUGUGACUCGAUGCAGGCCAGUCAUGAAAGAUGAAAGAGAGUGUAACUUGGAUCAACCGAUCCCGGUAAACACGGUGAAUAGCUCGCUCGGAUAUAGAUGAAAGAUGAACGAGAGUGUAACUUUUGCAACGGAGCCCGGUAAACACGGUGAAGAGCCCGCUCGUAUAUCCGUUCUUCUCAAGGACCAUCUUCUUUGCUGCUUCUUCCACCCACGUUGUGGUGAGUGGGAUGGCUAAGUCUCCCACUACCUCGUCUUCCCCCUCCCCUUGGUCUCCCGCCGACUCAGAUGUUGCUGUUCGCAGCAAGCGCAUCCGAUCAUCUAAACUGUACUUUGAUAUCCCGUCUGCCAAGGUUCCCCUCAUCUAUUCGAAGUCCUAUGAUAUAUCCUUCCUAGGCAUCGAGAAACUGCACCCGUUCGAUUCUUCAAAGUGGGGUCGCAUAUGUGAAUUCCUUAUUUCAGAAGGAAUACUGAACAAAAAUCAAAUAGUGGAGCCAGUAGAGGCUUCAAAAGAUGAUCUUCUGGUGGUGCACACAGAAGAAUACCUUGCAAGCCUCAAGAGCAGUUUGACUGUGGCCAUUAUAAUUGAGGUUCCACCUGUUGCUCUUCUUCCAAACUGUCUUAUUCAGAAAAAGGUUCUUUUCCCAUUCCGCAAGCAGGUAGGAGGGUCUGUCUUGGGAGGGAAGCUUGCAAAAGAACGAGGAUGGUCCAUCAACGUUGGUGGUGGAUUUCACCACUGUUCCUCAAGAAAAGGAGGUGGAUUUUGUGCAUAUGCAGACAUUUCACUAUGCAUACAUUAUGCAUUUGAAUGUCUUAAUGUUAGAAGGGUGAUGAUUAUAGACCUUGAUGCUCAUCAAGGGAAUGGUCAUGAGAUAGACUUUGCUAAUGAUGGAAGGGUUUAUAUCCUUGAUAUGUACAAUAGAAGCAUAUACCCUCAAGAUUUUGAGGCAAGGGCACAUAUAACCCAGAAGGUUGAAUUGGUGAGUGGAACUUCCACGGAGGUUUAUUUGAAGUAUUUGGAGGAUGCACUUCAGGUCGCCAAAAGAGCAUUUGAUCCUGAAUUGGUUGUUUAUAAUGCUGGAACAGAUAUCCUCGAUGGGGAUCCUUUGGGUAGAUUGAAGGUCUCUCCUCAAGGGGUUAUUGCCAGAGAUGAGAAGGUGUUUCAAUUUGCAAGACAGAGAAACAUACCUCUUCUUAUGCUUACUUCAGGUGGUUAUAUGAAGUCAAGCGCUCGGGUGAUUGCAGAUUCAAUAAAAAAUCUAAGCAUGAAACGUUUGAUUGACUUGGACAUGUCAAAUCUUUAGAACUUAUAAGCUCCAGAGUUUACCACUGAAGCUACAGGGAAAGCACUUCACAAUAUUCCGGAUUAUGAUUUAUCCUUAAGUGUUAAAUUAAGUUAUGGUCUAAUGUACAUUCUCUUAGGGAUCUCUACAGAGACGAGAAACUCUCUAGCUGUGCUAUGUUCUACGUCCUCUUUGUGUAUAUCUUUAGUAUGCCUGCAAUUUGUUUCUCCAGUGAGUAGUCUGGCAAUUUGAAGAAUUCCAAUCCUAGACUAUGCCUUAUCAUGAAGUAUUGCGAAAGAAAUUACAGUCUAAUAUGUUUUGAUUUGGUUGAGUUCUACAGGGAUAAGAGAUUCUGUUGCUGCACGGUGCAUUCUGUAUCUCUUGUAUAUGCGUUUGGCAUGUAAAUUGUAAUUUGCUCAUGCCCUUGGAUUGGCCAGGUGAAGUGCAAUGUCAUCUGCGUACUGUUCUAUGUGGUUCAGUCAGAUACUCUGCCUGGUGCAUGUAUACUUGCUGGUUGUGGUAAUAUAACCUCUCUCAAGUUUUUUUCUUU